GCCCGUUGCCUAGGCAACUGUUGAUGUUGGGUUUCUGAGACUGCGUAGCAUUGAGAAAUGUUUGGGUCUUACCUUUAGCUAGACUCGAACAGUAAAUAAGUGUAGCUGAAACAUGCGAGUUCACUGAAUGAUUAAUUGGUUAAGAGGGUUUGCUAUCACAUUUAUGGGUUAGCAAGCUCAGAAAUCCUGUGGACGGUAAAGCUGUUGUUUUUUGUGGUUUGUAGGGUGAGCUGCUUCAGCAAAAGACUCAUCUUCCUUUUUGUGAAUCUGAAAUUCCAAACUAUAAGUCUGAUAUGGAAGAGUCGGCAACGGAAGAAAUGGAGGAGUUAAAAGCUUCUAGGGAGGCCAUAGACUUUCUGUCCAGCAUAGGAGCUGCGGAGGUGCAGCGGUGUGUUUUUGAGGACUCACUGGUGACAGUGUCUGAAGCGGGCAGAGAGCUGGGAGAGUUCAAGUUGACUGUGGAGUGGACCAGUCGCAGGGAACAGCCAUGCCUAUUGUUGCACGCGCGCAGCCAUGGAGCUAUUGACGACACUCCCUGCGGUACAGAAAUCACCGCCUACAUUUCUUUGAACCUGGAGACCCUGGAGCAGGACCACCAUGAGUACAUCAAGCUUCAGGACCACCAGUUGGACCGAAAGUCUCAUAUGGUCCAGCAUGACGGACAGCUGGUGGUGAACAAAAUCACAACAGUGGGAGAGGAGGUGAAGAGGCAGAUUUUGUCGUACCCUCUGUCCUCUCUGAAGGGGUUCGUUUGUGAGGGAUCUAACCUGCUACUGCUCAGAGUCCUCGCUCUGAGGAGGAAUGUCCCAGAAAACAUGAUCUUCCUGUCCUUCAGCCAGGACAAAAACAUUUCAACCUGCACAUAUAGAGAUCUUGGGUGCAGGGAGCAGAUGGUGGGAGAGGAGGUGGUGGAGGUGUUUGGUGUGGAGAGGUCAGUCGACUCGGUGGAAGACAUCCCAGCCACGUGGCACUGCUACUUUUUGCCUGACGGACACCUGGCCAGCCGAGUGCAGGUGGGCUCUCCCGUUUCCAUGAGGCUCCUGCAGCGUCCACCCGAAACACACACAGGUGAUGAAAUACUUGCGUCUAUGAAGAAGCCUUUGGUCUGGGAAGAGGACAUGGAGAUGUAUUCCAAGUUCUUGGACAGAAAGGUGGAGUUGAAAGCAGGACAUUCCUCAUACCUGCGGAAGUGUCCUGAGCUCCGUGCAAUGAUGUCUGACUUUGUUCAGUUCCUGCUUCUACGAAAACCAAGCAAUGUCUUUGUGUUUGCCCACGAGUACUUCUCCCCCUUUGCCUCCACCCGACCCUCUGGGGGCACCUUCAACACCUCAUCACCCUAAAAACUGCUGAGCCUUAUAAUAAAAUAGCUAAGCUUU